AAGAAUUAUAUAGUUCAUUACCGAGCUCUCUAGACAUAUAUGAAGUUCGGAAUGAAGGUUACAAAGAACUCAAGUUUAGGCAGUCUCCGUGGAUAAAGGAAUAUAUUGAGGAAAAUAUUCGUAAAUGCAAAAUAGCCAAGGCAAAUAGGGAUGAGUUUGGGGUCAUGUAUUAUAAGCUAAAAAAUAAUGCAGUCUUCGGCAAGCAGAUGGAGAAUGUCUGUAAAUAUAUGAGAGUAGAAUUACUCUGA